AUGCCCAGUCGGGAGGCUGUGUCGAACCUUGGCGGCUCCGGGCCGUUCAAAGUUCGGGUACUGCCCCUGCCCCUCGCGGGCAGGAAGAAAUGCGAGUUGCAGGGAGAUGUGGUGAAAUACAUGCCCUGUGCCGCCCAGCCUGGAGACAAGUCGUACAGCGAAUGGUCCCCCGUGCCCUCCAAACAAGGGACCUUGCUCUCCCUUUGGUUGUCACGGCCGUCGUCCGGCGCGGCUCGCUUGUUUGGGACAAGGUCGCCGCCUGUAGGCGGCUGUGUGACGUGUGGCGGCGGGUUGACGUAUGACGGGUCGAUGGGGUGCGAUUGGAAGAGAAGGCGCCUGAAGCCUGGGCUCGCCGUCCACGGCGAACGCCGUGGGGUCGGCAACGGCCCGGGGUGCAUCGCGGUCUACACCGACGCUAGCAACUGCCAAGAGGACAGGGCACCAUGUCAUGUCCAUGUCAUGUCAUGUCCAUGGCCGGCCCAGGCCCACCGCGGCGGGACCGACGCUAGCAACUAUGCACCAGUGCGGCGGGAAUCGCAUUAUCGGGAGCAACGGUUCGCCGCGCACGCCAGCCAGCUCGAGUUUGUUGGCCAAGAGGACGGACGUCUGGCAAACCUUGGCAACGUGCGCGCCGGCGAAAGCCUAAAUUCUGUCAGCCCUCGCAAAAAUCGAGACGACUCAACCAAGGAGAGGAAAACGUCUAAACUCUAUCCCCCGCCACCGCCGACGACCCCACAAGGCAGCACGUUGGUGCUACGGGCUACCGAGGUCAAGGCUUACCAAGCUUGUUUCUUCCGUACCACCUCCCAGUCGUCAAGCGACCUCGAUAGCGACCUCGACGAGGAGCAAACACGCCGUUUCCCGAGGCUUCAACAGCAGGGGCCGCAAAUGUACCGGCCGAUACGGAUGCGGCGGCGGCCGGAGCAGCUGCAGCAGCAGCCGCAACAGCCGUAACAGCAGUAGGAAUAACAUAAAGAUGGGUCCCUAGGGGCGGCAGCAGCUGCAGUAGGAAUAACACAUGAUGGGAUAAGGGGCAAGGCAGUACUUUUGUACUUGUUGUGGGAGGUGGUCGUGUUCCUUACAUAGGUUGCGGCAUUACCUG